GAAGCUGAAGGUUGUCUUGUCGUCGCGUUGGUGGCCUAGGUGUGCGUGUGCAGAGACGUAUUUGCAGUGGGAUCCAUUCCCGUUAUCAGGACCGCCACGCGCGUUCAGUUCGUCAGCAGACGUCGGCGGGAGCAGUCGUGAGUCGCGUGAAAUCGGCCGUGUCGUUUGGGGGUUCGCGAAUUCUGCGCCAUAGCAAAAUUUGAAGCGGAGAUAAAAGCGAGCAAAUAUUUCCAGAAACAUUUAAAAACCACUAUUUUUUUUUGCCCAACAAAAGUGUGUGGCUUUGUGUGAAAUUAACAAAUAAUAACGAAAAGAGACAGAACGAGAGCUACAGCUAGAGAGGAGGAGAAAUAGAGUGGCAAAAGGAAAACUGUGAAAAGUGAAGUGUCAAGAAAAAUAAAUUGGGCCAAAGAAAACGCAUCAGAGGCCAAAACCGAAAACGAAACCGAAACUCAAACCAAACCCAAGCCAAGGAUCAAGUGAAGUCGCCGGGCGGCCGAUGAUGGGCCAGAACAAAGGAGCCACAGGAGCACCAGCCAGCUGCGGCCUGUUGAUGCGGCUGUUGUGCCUGGUGCUGGUGCUGAUGCUGCUCCUCCUGCAUCUUGCGGGCGAGGCACAUGCCACGCCGUCGCCCUCCUCCAUGCAGACGCCGCAGAAGCGAGGUGGCAGUGGCAGUGGCGGUGGUGGCGGCGGCGGCGGCGGCGGCGCUGGUGGCGGGUCGGACAUAUCCAAGGAUCACUGCAACAAGACGGUGGACAUCUUCGAGGACAUCAGCUCGCCGGAGGUCAGCAAUCAGAAUGUGGGUCGACCGCUGACCUGCUGGUAUCGCUUCCGCACCCUCAAGGGGGCGCCGCGCGACUUUGUGCUGCGUCUGCGGUUCAAGAAGUUCAAAGUGGGUCAACUGCUGAAUGCGACCCACUGCGAGGGCGGAUAUUUACAGAUUGUUGACGGCAAUGCCAAGACGGAUGUCUCCAAUCGCCGGGAGCCGGGCAUGUUCUGCGGCGAGGCCGAGCAGCCCCAGACAUUCAUCAGCGAGACGAGCUAUGUGAAAGUGCUUUUCCACACGGACAACUUUACGGAUCAGACCUACUUCACAUUCGAUUCACGCGCGGAGCAGCAAACCGAAGUCUAUUUGCGAUAUGGCCAGCAUCCGGAGCUAUAUCCAAACCGUCGCGGCGAAGUGGUUCAAGGAUCCUAUUGUGAACGCGAAUAUCGGGACUGUCGCCUGCAGACUUGCUAUGUCCAAUCACCGGCCUAUCCUGGCCUGUAUCCUCGCGCUCUGAACUGUCGCUAUAAGCUGCACACCCGCCAGCCCUACAUCAAGUUGUAUCUGCAAAACGAACAGUUCGCUGUGGAUGGUCAAAGAUGCGAGAACGUCAUGACCUGUCCGAUCAGGCCCAUAGGAUCGGGCAACGAGCACUGCCCCUUCGACUGGCUGGCGGUCUACGAUGGACGCGACGAGCACUCGCCGCUUAUAGGCAAGUUCUGUGGCCUCGGCAAGUUCCCAUUCAGCAUCAUUGGCACAUCACAAUAUAUGUAUGUGGAGUUUGUUACAUCGCCCGCGGGGCCGCUGCUGAAUACGGGCUUCCAUUUCAAUGUUGGCAACUGGCCAGGCCACGUGGAGACGGCCGGCAUUAAGCAUGGGGUCUGUGACUGGCUGCUGAGCUCCGACUCACUGAAGGACAGCAGCGCCAGCGAGGGCAUCUUCCUGAGCAUUGCCCACUGGUAUCCGCCGAAUACGUCCUGCAGCUAUCACAUCAAAGGACAUGUCGGGGAAAUUGUGCGGCUCUAUUUCCCUAGCUUCCGCAUCAAUCGCAUCGAGUCGCCGAUCCUGAAGUACGAGGGAGACUGCGGCGAAUCGCUGACAAUCUACGAUUCGGACCACGCCGAUCCCGCUCGGAUCAUCAAGACCUUCUGCGACACCUUCUCGCGGCCAAUGGAGAAGGUGGACUUUGUGAGCACCAGCCCCUCGCUGUACGUGCAGUUCGACUCGAAGACGGGCAGCUACAGCGGCAGCUCACUGUACUACUGGGCCCACUACGACUUCUUCAACAACACGCGCUUCGGCGACCCCGUUCCGAACACCCUGUGCGACGAGGUGAUGUACGCCUGGAAGCACCCGGGCGGACGCCUCCGGUCGCCCCUCAAUUCGCUGAUCUUCAAGCGCACGGGCGGCAGCGAUGUGCGGUGCCAGUACAAGUUCGUGACGGACAAGAGGCUGUACGCACGGGCCAUUAUCGAGGUGAAUUCGGUGUCCUUCAAGGAGCUGCCGUACAACAGCAACGCGUGCACCAGAUGCCACGAGGAGCGGGUGGACAAGCUGGUCAUCUGGGAGGAGCGGGACAAGUACCAGAACAACCUCGCCUGCUUCUGCGACAACAUACCGCGGGCGGUGCGCGUCAUCUCGUCGGCGGACCAGAUGAACCUCGAGAUGAUCGUCCAGGGCCAGCAUGCCAUCACCUCCUACUUCAAGAACCCCAAUCCGCUGUUCGAGGCCACCUAUGAGUUCGCCCACGGUCCGCUGUGCGGCCCCAUCACCUUGGGGCCCUCGCCGGACGGGGAGCUGGUGUUCCCCUACAAGAAGGCCCUCGCGAUGGUGGCCGGACCGAUGGCUCCGCCCGAGCACCACUACCGCCGCGAGAAGUGCAUCUGGGAACUGAAGGUGGCCUCCCAGCGGGACCUGUGGCUCAAUCUGGAGAAGGCGCGCUUCGCCGACCGCAGCUGCGAGAGUGCCAAGAUCGAGGUGUAUCUGGCCGGCCGCCUGGAGCCGCGCUUCGUUGUCUGCCCGGAGAACAUAUCAAUGGCCCGGGACCUGCCCAUCCUGACCACGGCCGAGCUGGGGGCCACCGGGGCCGACCAGGAGCCACUGCCCGUGCUCAUCCAGUACACAGGCGACGGGCAGCCAGGACGCAACAUUUUCCGCCUGGUCUGGAGCGAGCUCUUCCACCUGCCGCGCAAUCCCGACGGCAGUCUGGCCGCCUCCCUCCUGCAGGACGCCGGCUGCGACUUCCGCUGCCCCGGCGACACAGAGGUCUGCAUACCCCGCCACCUGCUCUGCAACGGGGUGGCCAAUUGCCCCAACGUGACGCACUCCUCGACGCUCGACCAACUGACGCGCCACAUCGAGUGGAACCUCGAGCAGCUCGGCCUCCUCCACCACGCCGGCGAGUACCGCCAGCUGGUCCUGCACGACGAGUCGCCGGAGAUCUGUCUGCGACGGGACCUCAGCGAGCUGCCCUACGGCAAGCUCUCCCUCAUCGCCCUGGGCCUGUGCCUGAUGUUCGCCCUGCUCUUCGCCAUCUUGCGCCGGAUGUGCCGUCGGUCGCCCAAGCAGUCGGGGUUGCAUCAAUUGCAGGAGGAUUACUAAAUGGAAAGACAUUUUGACAGACAUUUCAGAUAUGAUAUUGUCCUUCAGGGAGACUGGGCGUAUAAGGAGGGCGAUAGGGCAACAUCUCUGGGAAGCUAACGAGAUGUGUUGCCAGUUUUUGAGGGAAUCACAGUGUAGUAGAGAAUCAACGAAAAGUGCUACACAUUCAGAGUCGAGUUUGGUACAGAAUGAAUUUCUUUUCCAGGUGUACUUCAAAGAUGUGUGGAUGCGCAUUAGAGAAUAUGCCAACAGUAUUGUAUUUCUUUGAUUUAAUUUCAUAAUUUGUGGGUUCCAUUCGAGUUGAUAUUUUAGCUUUAGGUACAUUUUAGUAAAACAAAUAUCAAAGAUUUAGGUUACAUUUUAUUGAGAAAACUGCCAGAAACUCCCACAACAAUCUGCCAAUCGUUUCCCUUCUCUGCCAGAUGGAAAAAUUAAUGCAAAGGGGAAAAAGCCCAGCCCAAAUCCAAAUCCUAUAUGUAAGUAGUUCUGACCGGUCGAGUCUAUAACUUUCCCUUUACGUGAAAUCUAUUGAAUAUUAAUUGAAAAUAAUUGUACGAUAAAAACGAGGCGAAAAAAAUGCCCUUCAAACAUAUAAAUGUUUAAAAAACAAAGAAACACACAUAAAAGUAAAAAAAAAAAAAAGAAAAUAUAAAAAUUGCCCUGAAUAAAUUAAUUAAAACAUGAGAAAUUGUCAUGUGAUAAUUGUUAAAAUGAGGAAUGUUGAAACAAAAAACCAAUACUUUCGAAAAGGCAUAAAGAAACUAGACUUUAAUUAAGGUAGACAGGUAAAAUGGCAAAACAUGAAAGCAAAACCAUAAACAAAACGAAAAAAAAACACAGAUAAACACGCAGAAAUUUAAUUCAACAUAUUAAUAACAAUUGUUGGUGGUUUUCUAUUAGCUAUUAUAUCUAUGAAAUAUAAUACGAGAGGCCAUUGUGUUAAUAUUGGCAAAUUGUCAAACAAAAACCACAAGGAAAAGCCACGAUUAUUUGGCCAUACAUACAUAUACAUGCAUGAAUAUGUAUAUAAUGUACGAUAUACAAUAUAUUACAUUACAUAGGGUAUUUUUUUUGAAAAUAGAUUUACAUAGAACAUAAUUGAAAGGAGAACCUUCCCCCCUCCCUUGCCAUCCCAAAACAACAGUGUAUUCCAUUUAGAUGUGUGUGUGUGCAAACAUUUUGUAAGGAAAUUCGGUGAAAUAUAACAUUUUCUUGCGCCCCCAGAAAUUAUGAAAAAUUGUAAAUUGAAAUGUGGAAACGGUUUAAGUAUUUAAGUCGGUAUAGGAAAGGGCAUUGCUGUCGUGUUCUUUUAUCAAGUUUUCCUUUUAUUCACCCCCCACACAACCACAACCACACCCCCACACGAUACGAAUCACACCCAACAUGCACCUUAAAGGUACAGUUUAGCCCCGUGACAAUGCAACUUUGCAGCAAUGCCCGAAGAAGAUGAAAGAGUCAAAGAAAAUGUCACACAAAUAAGAAAGGAAGAAGAAACCCAGAUAUUAGGACACAUAUUUUAGUGUACAUCAGAAUUAAAUGUAUAAAUAAAACAAUAAAUGAGAAAUUAAAUAAUAAAUUGA